AUGGGAUCCAGCAACAUGUCGUAUCUGAAUCCACAGACAGUGACCCUGAUUGGAAUUCCUGGACUAGAGCAUGUGCAGUUUUGGAUUGGGUUUCCCUUCCUUGGUGUGUGCCUGGUGGCUCUGUUGGGGAACAUCUUCUUGUUAAUUAUUAUCAGUACAGAACGCAGUCUACACCAACCCAUGUACAUCUUUUUGGCAGUGCUGGCAGCCACUGACCUAGGUCUCUGUGUAGCUAUUGCUCCAAAGAUGUUGGCCAUCUUCUGGUUUGGUGCUUCCUCCAUGGCUUUUGAUGCUUGCCUCACCCAACUCUUCUUCAUCCAUGCCUUGCAAGGUGUGGAAUCUGGUACCCUGUUGGCCAUGGCCUUUGACCGCUACAUUGCCAUCUGUGAUCCUUUGAGACACACAUCCAUCCUCACACCUUUCUUUCUAGUUUGGGUGGUGCUGAUUGUGGCAUGCCGGGCAACAGUGCUUGUUGGGGUUUUACCUAUUCUACUCAAACGACUGCAACUUUUUCUCUCCGUGGUUAUUGUGCAUUCGUACUGUGAGCACAUGGCUGUAGUCAAGUUGGCUGCAGAAGAUGUGCACAUUAACAAAUCAUAUGGGCUCUUUGUGGCUUUUGCAAUUCUAGGUUUUGAUAUGAUCUUCAUCUUCAUCUCCUACAUUCUGAUUUUUCAUGCUGUUUUUCGUCUUCCCCAGAAAGAGGCACGACUCAAAGCAUUCAACACUUGUACAGCUCAUAUUGUUGUCUUCCUGGAGUUUUACAUUCUUGCCUUCUUUUCCUUCUUCAGCCACCGUUUCGGUCAUGUAUCACCCUAUGCUCACAUCUUCUUGUCGACCAUCUACUUGCUUGUGCCCCCUGCUCUUAACCCAAUUGUCUAUGGUAUGAAGACCGAAGUGUUCCGCAAGCGGUUUGCUCAGAUUUUAAUUCUGAAGACCAACGCCCAGCAACAAUCCAACAAAUAA